AUGGGUUCUGGCAGGAAAAGGAAAAAUAUGUUCGAUGGGAUGUCGGAGGAGGAAGUGUGUCAGUUGAAACUGCCAGACCGUUUAAGAGCCGAUUUAGAUAUCCUGGUUGUAGGGAUAAACCCUGGUAUGUUUUCUGCAUACAAAGGACAUCAUUAUGCCAAACCUGGUAACCAUUUUUGGAAGUGCCUUUAUCUCUCAGGACUGACACCGAGGCAGUUGUCUGCUUCUGAGGAUGAAACACUGCCUGGUUUGGGUAUCGGUUUGACCAACAUUGUCGAGAGGACGACCCGGAGUAGUUCGGAUUUAGACAAGAAAGAAAUUCAAGCCGGCGCUGAAAUACUCGUCGUGAAGAUCAACAAGCUCCGGCCCAAGAUUGCGGUCUUCAACGGUAAACAGAUAUAUGAGGUUUUUUCCGGAAAGAAGAAGUUCAACUUGGGCCUCCAGCCAGAGCUCGUACAAGGGACAAAUUACACUCAUAUAUGGGUUAUGCCUUCAUCAAGUGGAAGGUGUACUACACCAUGCAGGGCUGAAGAUAAAGUACCUUAUUACGUAGCCCUUAAAAAAUUCAGAGACUAUCUGAACGGACAUUUGAGUGAAAUAGAUGAGAAAGAACUUGUAUUUGCUCCUCUUAAAAUGCAGAAAAUACAUAAAAAUGAAUACAAAGAGUCUCUGUAUUUCAAAAACCAAUUAAAUGAUGGGGAUGAUAAAUGUUUAGAUAGAAAAAAAGAAACUCUUACAAAAAAACCUAAACAAAAGUGA